AUGGGAAAGGGUCUGGUUUCCGAGGCGAGUGGUGGCCAGGCGGCCGCGGGCCCUGGCUUCCACCCGUUACCCCGUCUGUGGCCGCCGGGCGCCGGCAGCCCCGUUGGCCCGGUGCGCCUAAGGUGGGCCCGUCCCCAUCGCCGCCAGUUCCGUGCGGGCGGUCCCAGCUCCAAUGCCGAGCCAGCGCGGCCCUGCUGGUACCAACGCGCGCCGCCCAGCUCUACCCCACCCGGCCCGGAACGAUCCGCCUUCCCCGACCUCCGCGCAGCCGGAUUACAGGAGACGCCACGCUCCCAGUCCCUCGUACCGGCGAAUCCCCGAUAUAUAUACACGCAAAAGUCG